AUACUAUUAAAUAUGUAAUCUCUCCAUUUGCUAUAACCAAACUUCUGUUAUAGAGAAAGAGGUGCUUUAGUCGUGUGACCUAUAAACCCAGCUGGAUUAUCAGUGAGGGCAAUUUUGCCACUACGGCUCUAAAGCCAUUAGAGAAAGGGGCAGUUUGUAUGAACCUGAACAAAUUAUAAAUAUAUAUCAUCUAAACGGCAAUAUUAACACUCAAUACAUGAUUAUUUUCGGUUUGGUUUUUAUCUUUCCCCAACCAAGAUGGCUGUCGCUAGCGGUCAUUCAUGUGACCAGCCGCCUUCCCGUCUGCUGGGCUUGGAAGUCAUAGCCCCGCCCACAAGCAGGGCAUCUCUCUGUGACCUGGUUGUGAUGGAAACGGCGCCGUGGCCUUGACCCCGCAACCCCGAGGCUACCCGAAGGGACGAGGUGCUUGUCAGAUGUUGCUGUUAUCACGCCGAGAUGAUCAGACAGCCGGGAGGCAGGAAGUAAGGAUCUCCAGAACCCGGGUGACCCAGCAGAGAUGUCCCUGUUACCAGAGGAGCUUUUAGAUAUUCCCUGGCAAGAGAAGUCUGAUGAGCACUUAGACAUGACUCCAGAAUCGCUGGUGGAUGGCAAUUUGGUGUCAGAAGACUCUCCACUGCCUCCUUGCCCGGACUGCGGUCGGACAUUUCAAACGCUGCGAGCACACAACCUCCACCGUCGAAACCACGCAGCCGACCUUUCAUACACGUGCAAAGACUGCGACGUGGCCCGUGCCGGAGCCAUUGGUGGAAGCGACAAGCCCUAUUCCUGCCCUGACUGUGGGCGCCGCUUCUGUUGGCUGCUGGCUCUGCACAGCCACCAUGAGCAGCAGCACACAGGCCAACGCGGAUACCAGUGUUCACAGUGCGGCAAGAAGCUGCCCAGCCAGCCAGCCUUCCGCCGGCACCAGCAGGGUCACCGCAAAGACAGAGUCUGCGUGUGGUGUGGAAAAGCUUUUAACUGCUCCGCCAAGUUGUCGAGACACAUGCGAAUUCACACUGGGGAAAGGCCUUAUCAGUGCCCAGAAUGCCCAAAGGCAUUCACACAGCUGGAGACGUUGCGUGUUCACCAGUGGGUUCACGAAGACCCCAAACCGUACCAAUGCCAGGACUGUGGGCGCCGAUUCCGAGCCCAGCGCACCUUUGAAAAACACAGGAAUUUGCACAUUUCUCGCAAGCCCCAUGCCUGCCCCGUAUGUGGCAAGACUUUCUUUUUUUCAUCCCGCUUUAAACGCCAUCUACGCAUUCACACCGGGGAGAGACCUUUCCAGUGCCAGCAGUGCGGCAAGAGCUUUAAUCAGCGCUCCAAUUACCAGCGCCACCGGCUAAUACACGCUGGAAAGAGACCUUUCCCAUGUAACUUUUGCGAUAAAAGCUUUAGCCAGGCAUCCAACUACCGACGCCAUUUACAGACCCACAAGAGAGAACGAGGCCUAUGGGAAGCAGAGGAGGAUGAGGACGACGAGGAAGGAGAUUAUACCUGCACAGAAUGCGGAAGGCGAUUUACACAGGAAGGAAGCCUACACAAGCACUAUAUUCAGCAUGCUAGAGGGGAACUGUGAGCCGUUACCAACCUGGGGAUGCGAGGGAGUAGCAAUUUAUAUUCCUACUUCUCCAGAGUAUGAAUAGAAGAUUGCACAGUGUCGUGUGUAAGGCAGGGAAGGUUAUGUGAACUUCAAAUGCUAGCACUCCAACUCCUUACAGGUCAGGCAUUGCUACUUUAAGAAAGGCUGCUACCUGCACUGUCCAUAGUAACGAUACGAUUAUUACUGUUGCAUUAACAAGGCAUCUGAUGGAACAACUUUUUAUACUUGAAAUACAUCCACUUUAUCUGCAUAUAGAUAUAUAUAUAUUAGUGUAGGAAGUUUUGUAAUCGCUGCACUUUGUAGUUGCUCGGCAUGUUAUGGUGCUAGCGAAGCAGCCUACACUGCACUGGUACUGUCGGAAGCCACGGAGCCUCUUCGGCUACUCGUGCCAUCUCCGCUGCCCACAAUGCACCUGUUCUGUUCACAAUAGCGAAAAACGGUACGACCGCCAAUACUCUUAGAAUCUUGUACCUCAGCAGUGUGAACCGCACUUAUGUUCUCGGAGGUAUGAUAACUUAAUAAACACAAAGCAUACAUAUUAAAAUCUCA